ACCCCCAGUCCUGCUCAUAAUCCUCCUGCCUUAGCUUUCCAACCAGCUGGGAUUACUUGUGUGCCACUGUGACAGGCGUCUUUGAUUUUUUAAAGCUCACAGAUGACUCAUAUAUUAGCCAGUAGGGAAAUGACUAGGUCACAAUAUGAAGACAUGCAUUUGGCUCUACUUUAGCAACCAUAGCAGAUGUAAAAGAGCUCUCAGCCUAUUCAUAUACCAGUGAAAAACUGUAUCUAUACUCGUACAAGAAAAAAUUUUUUAAAAAAUUAAAAAAUUCUUAGGUUAAAAGCUGUUUUCACAUUUAAGUGAUAGUUUAUGUGGAUAUAAAAAUUCCCAUUUUAGAUCCGUUAACAGUUUGAACUACAGUUGACAUGGAAGAAAAAACAGAGAUAAUCUUAGGUGUAAGAUGACAGUUUGGAUGUUUUUGUGACUAAGCAGAAAACCCCCCAAAUCUGUACUGAUACCUGGCACUCUAUAAUCAGGGAAUAAAGUCUGAAAGGUGUGUGGUACCAGUAUAAAAGGAAUUAUGUUCACUUUACAACUUUUUUUUUUCGGUACUAGUGAUUGAAUGCAGGGCCUUGCAUUGAGCUACCUCCCCAGCUUUUUUUUUUUCUUCUCUUUUCUUUGAGAGAGGGUUUUACAAAGUGGGCAAAUUGUCCAGGGUAGGCUCAAACUUGCAGUCCUUCUGCCUCAGUCUCACUUACUGGGACUGCAGGCACGUACUACUACAGCUGGCCAGAAAUACAAUUCUUCACAAUUCCAGGAAAGUUCUAGAACUAAACUGAAAGAAUCAUCAUAAAGAGAAUGAUACCGAAUGAUUCCAUAACAGCAUUUACCCAUAAACACUGAAGGUUUUCCCAUGGGAAAUAUAACGAAAAGGAGAAGCCUGGUGGCUGACAGAGCCCCAUCACUGGAGGACAACCAGCCCAUAACACUGCACACUAAGCUUUACGAAGCCAUAAUCAAAGAAGACUGCACUGCCAUCAAGGCACUCCUCAGAAAUCACCCAGUUGACCAGCCUUUGACCAUUCCAUCCAACCACACCUGCUACACAUUACCCCUACGCCAGCUGACGCGUUCCAUCAUCCCCAUUCAUCUGGCCGUCAAAUACCGCAACGCCCAAAGUUUGCUCUGUUUGUUACAACAUGGGGCUGACCCUGAAGUAAGGGACACAAGAGGCCUCACCACGCUGGAGCUGAUGAUACUGCACUGGCCAAUCACUUCUACCACAUGGACAAAACCAGGUAACAGAAUCCAAAGGAGCCUGACGGACCAGGACAAUGCUGAAACGUGUCUCCGCAUCUUAUGUGAAUACGGAGCUCAAGUUAAUGCCCAGGCAGACAACAGCGACAAAGUUUCCCCCCUCCACUUGGCCAUAUCAUAUGGGAACCAUCCAGUUCUUUCCAUAUUGGUCCAAAAUGGUGCACAGGUCAAUGCUAUUAAUGAAGCCAGCAUGACACCCCUUCACACGGCUGCAGACCUACUGAGUAAGGACAUGAUAGAAACGCUUAUUACAUAUGGUGCGAAUGUUAACUGUGCUGUCUCAUCCACGGGAAACACAGCCCUGAUGCUGGCAGUAUGCACUGCAUCAAGCAAAGCAGGCCGCCUCCUAGCAGCAGGGCUAAGCUGCAUCCAUUUGCUGCUAAUGCAUGGAGCCAAGGUCAAUGCCCAGAACUGUGAAGGUCAAACAGCUCUCCAUGAGGCAUGUUUUGGAGGUAGAGAGGCGAUAAUCAAUCUCUUGCUGGAAUUUGAGGCAAAUGUUAACAUUUUAACAAGAAAUGGGGAGUCUCCGAUUUAUAUGUACCUUCAGCGCAGCUCCAACCUCAGAGACAAGACUCUUUUGGCUAAGCUACUUUGUCGUACUUACCCUUUGAGAUUGACCAAUAAGCAAGGAAUUCUACCUACAGGAAUCAUGCCACGAGAAUUCUACUCCUUAAGGCAAGCCUUAAUAAACUUAUCUCAAAAACCUUUAUCCCUAGAGGAUAUCUGUAAAAAAACCAUCAGAAAUCUUUGUAGCGAGAAACACAAACAUCACCUGAAGCAAUUUCUCCCAGUAAAGAUAUGGAACUCAAUAUACUGCUGCUAUGACUUAGCUUACCUCAAGUAA